GAAACCAGUCUUCAGUAGAACUUGAGCCGUGAUCGUGCGAAGUAUCCGUGCGAGUGUGUUUGCUUACGGCAUCCUAAAAGUCAUAUUUCCUAUCAGGUAUCCCUUUCAGAAGAGAAAGAUAUAAAAAGUGUCUUGAUCCGUAAGUUAGGAAGGACCACCAUCCAUUGUUUACACCUUUCUACGUAAUUGCAAUAAAUAAACAGAAAAAAUCGUACUUUUGUGUCGACAUUGUGAAAAAUUGUUUCAAAUCAUUUUUCCGUUUAGUGAAGAUACAGACUCGUGCUGUGACGUCAUUGCCAUCCUUUUAAAAAUUAUAUAUGUAACGCAAAAAGAAACUUGAAUCAAAAGUUAUAUCAUCACAAGAAGUCAAUAGCUAUUGGAAAGGAAAUUCACCCUUAGUACACCCGAGCAUAAGGAUUAAAAGCGUGAAGGAUAUCAAGGAAAUAUACCGUAGGAUCUAUUCACACGAGCAAGGGAAACUCGCCCUUCGUGUCCCUGAGGACAGGGAUUCAUUCUCGCGUUCAUUUCUCUGGUAUACAUACAAAACAUAAAGGAAUUUCACUCGCCGUUAUAUAGUUCCAGCAAGAAGCCAGCCAGCUUCACCCACCUGAAUGUUUAAGUGAUGGUGUGUCCAGGCCUGAGGGUGUCUCCGGGUGGGGAGGGAGAUGAGGUCCUCCGUGAGCGUUAUCCUCUCCAGCCCACCCCCAGACACCACCAUGAGUUACCCGGAUUACACUACUAACCCCCAUCAUCAUCAGACGUUGCUUGUCCUUGUCAAGCAAGUUGGGUCACAGUUGAAGAGCCGCUCAUUUCACAAACUUUAUGAGCGCAUCAGUCGUGUCGGUCACGUGAAGGUGAGUGAUUCAAAUGGGUCGCAGAGACCUGUUUGGGUCACUUACAGGCGUGACUACCCAGUCGAAAAUAAUGACUGGGGAGACUUCCAGACCCAUCGUAGGGUCCUUGGGAUUAUUACGAUAGGUCAAGUGGGAAGUCAGAGUGAUCUGAAUGACAUAUGCAAGCAACAUGAGAGUCUGAAGGUCAAAUACUCAUCCACACUGUAUGAUUCUCGGUGUAUCAUCUUGGGUCUUAACCCUGAUGGCACCAUAUAUGAGACAGACUCGCGAGGGCCGUCGAGGAGUACGUCUCCAGAACCCAAUGGAAACUUAGACCCUGCUCAUCCUGUAACACUGAAUGGCCAUGCUCACCCAACGCACGUCAAGAAAAUUUCUGCCGGCAGCACUGAUAGGGAUAGUGGUGUUUAUGAGACAGUUAGCAGUGAAGAUAAACCUACAGAUUCUGACAGUCAUUCGGAUAGUCCACAGGGAGGCCCUCUGUCAGAAGGUAUAACGGACCUUAAGAUAGAUACAACUAUUGCUAAUGGCUCAGACUCAGGUAGUGAAAGUACAAGUGAAGUAGGUUGUUGUGAUGAUAGUAAAAUGGAUUCACCUCGUGACUCAGCCCUGGACUCAGCUGCUGACUCAGCCCAUGACACAAGCCAGUCCUCUAUCAGUACUUCGGCGUCACAUUCGUCAAGGCUGUCUCUUCAACCACCUUCUAACUUUAAGACAAGAGCUCUCUUCUACCCAACAGGGGAUCAUGCUGUUAAUAUUGAGAGCCAGUUGCAGGAAUUCAUCAGUUCAUUGUUUUGGGUGCUAGAAUCGAAACGACUUGAUAAGAGUCAGGAGAAAUUAGAGAGGCCUCCUUUGCUGUGCGCUCCAUUUGAACGCAAAGACUUUAUUGGCCUUGAUAUGGACUCCCGUACAAACAAGAAGAGGUGUGUUGGAAGAUUGAGGAAGCAGUUAGCUGACCUGACAUUACAGGCUGGCUUGCCAACUGAGGCUAUCAGCCAUUAUGCUCAUGCUGCUGACACUCUAAAGAACUGCAAUGACUGGCUUUGGUUGGCAGCUUGUUUUGAAGGUUUGUGUGCUGCUUCAGUUAUCAUGUUGUAUCCUAACCUCCGAAAAAGCUCUGGCCUUCAGCGGUUCUGUAGCCUGGGUGUUGGUGGACAAGGCAGUGGCAUAGCAAAUAGAAAUCGUAAUGGCUCAGUCAAUACUAAUUCAUUGCCCACUGGCCUAGAGCCCUCUGUUGCAAAACAGGCCAAUAAGUUAUGUUUCUCACCUGAUGACAUUGUUGACAAGUACAGAGAAGCUAUUGUGCAUUACAGUAAGUAUCGAAAUGCGGGUGUUGUUGAAACGGAAGCAAGUAUUAAGGCUGUUCAUGUCUUAAUUGAACUGAGGCGUUACCUCAUGGCUGCAGAUUUCCUAGCCAAUGUUGUCUUCAUCAACCUGCAACUUUCUGAUGAAGAAAAGAUUGCGAGAUUCAGUGCCCUUUCGGACCUGUACCACCAAAUUGGGUUUCAUCGCAAAGCGUCUUUCUUUCGACGAGUGGCUGCCAUGAGGUGUGUUGCUCCGCAGAAUCAACAGCCUGAUUGGGGUCAAUGCUAUCGGCUUUUGUUGCAGACAUUAGAAGGAUAUAAAGUGUGCCUUGAUCCUCUGGAGUUUCGAAAUGAUGGGAGUCAGGGAUGGCCUUCAUUGCAAAUACAGAUCCUGCAGGAACUGGUAGGAACCUCACGUAGAAUGGGCCAGAAUGCUUUCUGUACGAGACAUCAAGCCUUUUUAGUCAGUGCAAUGUUGCCUCACAUGGCUGAUGUCGAGAAACAAGAAAUGGCAACCAUGCUGGAAUCAUUAAGUAAUCGUUGUGCGAGUGGAACAGCACCUUUGGUUGUUCAGGACACUGGAAUUAUCAUACCUUCAGUGAAUUUCCUGAAUAUACCUAUUUGCAGGGGAAUACGUAUUAUGGCUCCAGACAUUGGCAGAAAAGCUGAAAGAAUUACUCCAUCAGCUGAUGGAGACUCUGGGCCAUUUAUAUUCACUCCCUUCACAUCUCUGACAAACACCAUUAAUCGCUCGCAAGGGAAAAUGGAUUUUGAUUGGGUUGAAGGGGAUGUGUGCGAAAUAGUCAUGGAGCUGGAAAACCCAAUGCCAUUUGAGUUGAAAGUCACCAGUAUGAUGCUCAUCACGGAAGGUGUGCAAUUUGAAUCUUGGACGUCAACUGUUGUCCUGAAAAAAGAGAAGGGCCCACAACCAGUAACUUUGAGAGGGAGACCUCAGGGGUCAGGAGAGUUAAGGGUGAUUGGUUAUUCCUCAACAGUAUUAGGCGUCAGCAGUAACUGUCGGCUGAAGUUUAUGCCGAACUUGAAGAUUCCUUCAUAUACAAUAAAUGUUGUUCCUGCUUUACCUUUCUUACAGAUAUUAACAGGAAAUAGCAGUACUGGCAGUUUAGGAGUGGAAAGACCAGUUGGAGAGGAGUGUGGGAACUUGAAGCUGUCAUUAUCGGCUGGCGAAACCCAUGAAUGCUCAGUGGUGCUGUAUAAUGUGUCUUCACAACCAGUUGAAGAAAUUGAUAUUGCCCUCACCUCCAAGUUAGACAAGGAUACACUCAAUCAGGUGUUUCAGUACAGUGAGGAAAAUAUCUGUGCUCAACUCCCUAUCCCUCCUGGGGGCAAAGCCUCUCUUACCCUUUAUGUUUAUGCCAUGUCUGACUUUUUGUGUCCUGGCCGUUUAAUGGAUGAAUCUAUGGAAUCGACUAGUAUGAUUUCUGGUAGCGAACCCCCGUCUCUCUUGUCUGCUGGACCCUCCUCUUUGCCAUCCAGACAAUCUGUUGCCACCUCCAGUACGAGAGGAGCACGCACACGCAGGACUGAUUCCUCUGCCUCUCUCUUAUCAUCACGCUCAGGUUCUAGUGUAAGGUCAGGAUCGUCCUCAUCCACACAAGCACCUUCAUCGAGUAUGAGAACGAGGACAACUGUAAAUACACCAGCAUGCACAGGAAGAACAUUGGAAGCCAAUCUGCAGAUCAAGUACUCUGGGGGAUCGGGUAGAGAUGCAGAAUAUUGCCGCACAACUCAAUUAGCAAUCAGUGUGGAUGUGACACCCUCCCUCUUGGUGACACGUUGGGAUGUCCUUCCAGCAGAAUUACCUCACCAGUGUUAUGUAGUUUUAGAUUUGUUAAAUUGUGCCACUCAGGAAAUGGAUCUCCACUACACACCCACAAAGCACAUCCUCAUAGAAGCUGGGGAUUCUUGUCGAGUACCUGUUCCUGUGGAUCGAUGUCCUUUAGCAAUAUUGACGCAGGGUGACAAAGAUGGGGAGAGUGGUGUGAGCUGGUCAUCAGUUUUAGGGAAUCAUGUAGCAUCUUUAGUAGAACUGAGGUGGACCCAGGGACCUAACGACACUCCAGGGAGAGCAUCUUUAAAUGGAAUCACUUUUCCUCCACCCACGCAUGAUUUGAUAACAAUGGCUCCAAUCCACUGGGAUGUGCAAGUCGAUGGUGAGGAUGUGGUUGGAGGUACUGAAAACAGCGCCUUAGUUGGGCAAACCCUCGAACUGAGCGUUGGUGUCACAAAUACUAGUGGAGCCCCUCUUCCUCCUCUGAGUUUGCGACUCACUGCUUUUCAAGAUCACCAGAAUGGCCAUUUCAACUAUCGAUUAGAUGCAAAGAUGAGCAUCACUGGAGCACCAAAACUUACUACUCCACAGUUAGCAGAGGGAGAAGAAUUCAGACAUCGUUGUGGAUUGGUUUUCUUCACUGCUGGUGUGUAUAAGGUGGAAGUAACUUGUUCACCAGCUGCAGCAGUGGCACAAACUUCAUUUUAUGAAAACAUCACCCCUGCGCAUCAACAUGCAUGGAAGUUUGCACCACCUUUAGAAAUAACAGUCACAGAUGCUUGAUGUAGGAGGAACUGCUGAGCAAUAAAUUUCCUGCCUUAAACAGUUAAUGGUAAUAGAAGUUCUAAUUUACCGACCGCAUUGGAAUACCAUAGAUAAUGUGAUCAUAGCCAUGACUAGAAUGCAUUGGGAUGUAUUUUAUGUCAUAAUGUAUGCCAUGACUUCUAUCCAAAGUAAUUCUGAUUAUUUGUGAAAAAAGACAUUUUCUAUAGUUUCAGAUCUAACAUAAAAACAUUGUUUUUAAUGUGUUAAAUGUUUUUGUAUAUUUUUGUGAGAAUUUUCUUUCAUCUUUACAUUACAGUAUUUUCCAGGAUUCACAAGUUUUCAGUAUUAUGGAAUUUGUCUUCCUUGAGAAAAUAUGACAAAAUAGUUUGUGUGCGUGUGUUAGAACUAGAUUAUGUAGGUUAAUGGGAGAUUUCUACUCAGUGACAUUUUCAUAACCUUUAAAAGUGACAUGUUAAAGUAAUAUUGACAGUUUCUUUUAUCAUGCACAGGAAGAACAAGGGAUGACCAGACAUAUUCAGUGAGUUGAUGUUACAUAAUUAAUGCAUUACUAAUUGUAAAGACAGACCAGCAAUAAUGAUGAUAACCUAAAUUAAAUCACAAUCUUAAGAGCAAAGCAAUAGCCAAAACUGAUAUAUCUUUCAGUAGGUUUUGAAAGCAGUUAACUUGAGGUCAAUUAGUUAGGUUGCCCCUUUACAUGGCAUUGAAUUCUGUUGUGGAAUUUUCCUCGUAUCUCUUAACAGUACUUUGGGUCACAUUUUAAAAGAAAAUUGUGACCCCUUUAAAAAACUUUCAAACACUGUACAUAUAUAGUGAUCAUGCAUGAUUUACAUAAGUUUUAUU